AUGCCUGCAAAAAAUGGUACGAAAAGAAGAGUUUCUAAAGCCUGUGACACUUGUAGAAAAUCAAAAACAAAAUGUGAUGGCGAAAGGCCGUGCCAAAGGUGUUUGUUAGAAAACAAAAUAUGCGCAUAUUCCAAAUCCAAUUUGAGCUAUUCUCAAGGCAAAUUGAAGAAGCUAUAUAACCAAGAAUAUGUUGAUUUGUUGGAAACAAGGGUUUCUCUGUUGAAAAAAGUCUUAAAUUAUUUGUUUUUAGAUUUCAAUAAAAUUCUACAGAGCCAUGUGGUUGAUAUACACCCAGAAAAUAUAAUCCAAUUCCAAAAAUUGCAAUACGAUUCAAUAAUCCUGUUAGGUAAAAAAUACAAUUCUGAAAAAAUUAAAUGCAAUCCAAAAAAUCAACAGAAUCAUACCCAAUCCACCACUGAAGACGAUGAAGAAGACAUCAAUGAUCAAAUCGAAAAUACUGCUGACCAUAGCUUAAAAAGUACUAUAACCAAUGAUGAAAACCAUACAUUUGAGAAUCCAAAUAUUGGAAAUUUUGCAAUUAGUCAACAAUUACAAUCCACAAGUUCGCAAUUAAAUCAUAUUCUAAACAACGGUGGGAACCCAAAUGAUAUUUUGAAACUGCCAGGUUUUACCAAAUCAGCAGAAGUGUGGUGUUCCCUAUUGAAAAACAAAGAUUAUUUUAUCAACCCAAUUACUGGAAAUUUAAACAUAAAUCAGGUGGUUUAUUCUAUUAUUCCAACAAAUGUCGAAAUGGCAGUAAAAUCCGUGAAUUAUACGGCAAACGAAAAUAGAGAACAACUGCUACAUCAUAGUAAUAGUAUGGAUGAUGGUGAUAACGAUGAUGAUGAUGAUGAUGAGGAUAAUAAUACUGAAAAUCAUAAAUUUUUCGAAGAUGGCUACGUCAACAAGGAUAAUUUAUUUUCCAUUAAACACAGGCCUAUUACUGAAGAACCGCCCCCAUCAAACAAAACAAGAAAAAGAAGAAGAAGAAGAAAACUCAACAAGGAGGAUCACAGUGAUGUUGUAACUGCUUCUGCUACCGGUAAUGAUAGCAAUACUGCCAACAGAAAUGAUCGUAGUAUAAGUAGUAGUAGUACAACAACAAGCCUUCAUAGUUUAACGGAUUCUGCAGCUACUACAUCCACUAAUAAUAGCAGUCACUACAUCCAUGUUAAUAAUACUAAUGGCAGUAGCAAUAAUACAGCAAAUGCCAUUGCUAAUAACAAUGAUGACUGGUACCAUCAUCAACAACAGCAACUGCAGGAUGCCCAAUCUGCAUACCAAAAUUAUAACACCGCUAUCAAUACUAGGAACGCUAAUAGUGUUAAUAACAAAUUUUUCUCAACCACAGCAUCAUCUAACGACUUAUUAAAUCAUCAUGUACAAUUAGGAAACAUGCAACAACAGCAACAACUUGGUAACGUCAAUACUUCUAAUAUCAACCAAACAUUUUAUCAAACACUGAUUAAAACUGAACCACAGCCAUUUUUUGCAUCAACAGCUGGUCAUUUGGCUACUAAUAAUGUACUUUUGAAUUCAAAUAGUAGUAAUAAUACUUCUACCAAUAAUAAUAUGAGUAAUAGUAAUAGUAACGGUAACAAUAAUAAUAGUAGUAGUAAUAGCGCUAAUAAUGUAUCUGUAGUUGGUUUGGCUGGGUUAGGUACAUCUGUAUCUCAUAUAGAUGAUGCAACGCAACAUUUUAAUGUGACCAAUCAUUUGAGUGUUAUUAAUAAUAAUAAUAAUAAUAAUUCUAUUGUUGUUAAUGGAAUGGUAAAUGACCAUGCUAGUUCUACAAAUGGUGGGACUUUAAACAUGAGAAAUAACAUUAUUGUAAAUAAUAGUGGCAUUCCUACCAAUAAUAACUCAAGUGGUGGACUAUUAAAUAAUACAAAUACAACCAAUAUUAUUGAGGGCAGUAUUAAUGAUGGCAACAACAAUAACGCUCAUAUUAGUAACGGCGAUCUUGCUAGUGAUAAUCAUAACAAAAUACAUAUAGGUAUUCAAUCCCCUAUUCAAAAAAAUCAUCAUUUUAUUAAACCUGAAUGA